CUCUUUGUUUGAGUUCUCAGCUGCUCAGUGAAAGGGGGAGAGAGAGAGAGAGAGAGAGAGCAGAGAAUAAAGAUGGCGAGAUCUUCUCCUCCAAAGAUUUCCCGAAUCCGCUCUUGUAGAUAAUCUGUACAUACAUCUCUCUCUGUGUAGAUAUAUAUAACUUACGGCUGCUACUUACGGAGUCCACCUGCUGCUCUGCUAAUGCCCUUGGGUGAGGUUUUGAGUUUUGAGUUGAGAUUUGGAGGGGGGGUUGAGUGCUGCUGAAUGAUAUCAUCGCUUCCGCGGGGGUCGACUGAUAUGUUUGAGGAGCUCUGGGAGUGGUUCGAUUUGAGAGAUCUCGAGUGGACGAUCGGUUCUCUCGUACUGGACUCUGCCUCUCAUGGUAAUAUUUCCAGUCCGGCCGGUGCAAUGCAGCUUCAGCAUGCCACUGUUUCCAAACAUGAACUAGUUGAAUGAGAUGAGAAGAAUGAAAGAUGAGGGUGAGGACAAAAGAAUCCGCAAGCAGCGGAAGAGCUCGUCGUCUAGCGAUGAAGGUAGCGACGGGGGUGUCGGUGGGGUGGUCCUCAAGAAAGGACCUUGGACUACAGCGGAAGACCAGAUCCUGGCCGAGUAUGUCACCAAGCACGGCGAGGGCAACUGGAACGCUAUCCAGAAGCACACCGGACUCUCUAGGUGCGGGAAGAGCUGCCGCUUACGGUGGGCGAAUCACCUCAGGCCUGACUUGAAGAAAGGCCCUUUUACUCCGGAGGAAGAGCGGCUUAUUGCUGAAAUGCACGCGAAGAUGGGGAACAAAUGGGCUCGUAUGGCCAUGGAGUUGCCUGGACGAACCGAUAAUGAGAUAAAGAAUUACUGGAACACAAGAACCAAACGACUCCAGCGAGCUGGGAUGCCUUUAUACCCUUCUGACUUGUGCCUUCAGUUAUCAGCUGAAAGCCAAGAAGGUCAGAACAUGGUUAUCUUUCCUACGGGUGGCAAAAACCAUCCUGAUUUAUUUCAGGCAGACAAUGUCAGGAUCAUCCCAGAUGUGGGUUUCAAAGGUCUCGAACUCGGUAACCGAGGCUUCUCAUCUUAUCUGUCUACCUUGUUUCCAAGAGAAGCGGUUGGCUUCACGAACUGCAGCACUCCAAUCCAAGCAAGUCAUCCAAGACAAGCGGUUGGCUUCAUGAACUACAGCAACUCGUUCCAAGCAAGUCAUCUACCGAAACACCCUCCAGAAUGGGAGACCCCAUACCCUGUAUUCAACAGCAAUGGCUUCCCUCCUUUUGGUGAAUCUUGCAGCGAAUCUUAUGACAGAAACUAUGAAGCUUUUACCUUUUCAUCGUCAUCAUCCUCUUAUGUGGAUGAUCUCGAAAUGAAUAAUCAAUUGCUUCCAGAUGUUCCUUUGGGCAGCCAUGCCUAUAUAAAUGGCAAUCCUUCUUCUUCGGAGCCACUGUCAUGGGCAACGAAGAUGGAGCUCCCUUCACUCCAAUAUCUUUCGGAAACUCAAGUAGACAAUCCCUGGGGUCAACUUAUGACCCCGCCUCUGACUCCUCGUGAAUCAGAAAAUGUACUAAUCUACUCUCCCCUGACUGAGCAAACUCAUAGAGAUUAUCCUUCACCGCGAAGCAGUGGUUUACUAGAAGCAGUUGUUCAUGAGAGCCGUGCUUCAAAGAAGUCUGAAGGAAGUUUUUCAAGAACUUGGAAUGUUUCUAACUUCGAAGGAUCUACCUCGCCUCCGGAUCAUACUAUUACACCAUGGGAUGCUCAAAAUGUCCGGAAUCCUCCUUUGAGUAGCCGUGCUGCAUCACUAACAAAUGGGUACUAUCUCAUGAACAGAAGCGCCUUGCAAGAGCCAAAAAAUGCUGACACUAUGCUCGGACAUCAGGUUAUGCCCAAAGCAGGCGGGAAGUCCUUGGCCAAUUACGGUCCAAAUGAAGAGAUGAUGAAUCAUCUUAGUGCUACAAGCCCCGAUGCUUUCCUCGACAUGGCUGGGCUGAGCGGUCCGUAUGCAUAGGAGCAAAAUGCCAUAAAAGAAGCUCUAAGGGUGCUUCUUGGUGAAGAUUUCAAGCAAGAUCACGAGCAAGUAAUUGGUGUAAGUAAUCAGAGAAACUAGUCCAGUGACAUGAUCUUUAUUCCUUUCGUCCUGCAGCCUCUUUAGACAGUUAGUUUAAGAACUAGCCAGUAGUUUCGGUAGUUCUCGGUUAGGUGCUUUAUAGUCUGCAUAGCUUCUAGUUAUUGUCUGUUCAGUUCAUCGGCAUAUCUGCUGUCCGGGGCCUGUUCAUAUGUUUUAGGCUAUAAAUUGGCAUGAGAAUGCAAUGUUUUUUUCCGGUUGCGCCAUGUUAUUACGUUCAUACUAAGAAGCUGCUAUUCGAUCUUUGGAAUCAUCUGUGUUACAAUGUACCAUUGCUCGGACAUAAUCAAGGACCGACUUGCGCAUCAGAUUUGUGUGCGUUGACUCGUGAAAAGUGCGGUUGGACGCUGGAUGGAAGUUGAUCUAUUGAUUUGUGUCAUAAUGAUAUGAAGACAAGGAUUCUGGGGCUCA